AUGCAUACACCCUCCCUCCUCCUACUAGCCACCACCUCCUCUCUGGCCCUCCUCGCCACAGCAGGCCCAACAGGCGUGCCUACUGCUGCACCUGCUGUUCCCGCGGCUCCCACCUGCGGGACCUGCAACCCGCUCUCCGGCCAGAACAACUGCGACGUGACCACCUCGUGCAUCAACACCGGCACUCGCUUCCAUUGUGCCUGCCGCGCGGGCUACAAGGCCUCGCAGAACAAUAAUGACGUUACUAAGCAGUUCCGCCUUGCUAUGCCCAACUUCCAGUUCCUAGUCUUCGUCCCUGAGUUCACCCAGUGCAAUACGCUGUGCAACAACCCCUAUGGGGCCGGCCCGCAGCUCUGCUCGGAGGUGCCGAUUCAGAAUUCUUGUCCGGUUUAG